GGGGGGGGGGGGAGGGAGGGUGUGGUGCGGGUGUUCCAAUGGGAGUUGACAACAAGAUUGCCGAGGCUGUGGAAUGCAAGGAUCCCAUGGACACGGUGCUGCAGAGCAUUGACAGCUUGUACUUGGUGCGCGACACGUUCUUCCCACUCGAUCCCACUAUUAAAAAGGGUCGUCUGGAUAAUCUCAUGCGAGACUUGCUGGUUGUUCUCCACGAUAUCUCAUCAGAUUGCAGGAAGCAUCCCCAACGGCGCGCCCAGUGGGAGUAUUUGAGAGGGAAAGUCCUUGAUGUGGGACCAGACUACUGUAAAGAGGCUGAAGAACAUCUUUCGAAAUCGGUCAAGCUGGACCCGUCUAUGGUGGAUGCUUGGUGUUGCUUGGGAAAUUGUUUCUGGAAGAAGGGUGACCUCACACAGGCCAAAAACUGCUUCAAUAUAGCUCUCAGCAAGGGACCAAAUAAAAAGGCGCUCCAACAGCUUUCAAUGCUGGAGAGACGAAUUGGAAAAGGGAGUGCAGACGAAGCUGAGACAGUCGAAGAGAGCAUUCUUCAUGCGAAGCAGGCCGUCAGUCUUGAUAUCAAAGAUGGCCAGUCUUGGUAUACCUUAGGAAACGCGUAUUUGACAAGCUUCUUUGUAUCGGGCGCUUGGGACCGGAACAAGCUGCAUCAAUCACUAAAAGCCUAUCAAAAUGCUGAAAAGGACGAAAUGGCUAGUGCAAAUCCCGAUCUCCACUUCAACAGCGCAACUGUUCAUCAAUAUCUGGAGGAUUAUGAAAGAGCAUUGCGGGGCUUUGAGGCAGCUAGUAUUAGAGAUCCGGGCCUUCAUGCCGAUCGUGAACUUAAUAAGUUAGUCAACCUGCUAAGUAAACUUGAGGACCUGAUAAUAAACAAGGGCCGAUUGAAAGCGAAGCGGUUAUCUAUCAUCUUGUCGUCGCUUUCUGCUAAUGCUUCACUUGGGGCUUACAGACAAGUCUCAUUAGAGCAGUUAAAAGAAGGUUUUAACAAAGGCAUGGCCCUGCAAGCUAAAAUGCUCCAAGCAAUCUCGCACGACAACUCAGUGCCGCUGUUUUAUUUGUUGGCUGAUAGAGAGACAAACUGUUUCGCCCUCUCGGUGUAUGCAUUGCGUGAUGGAGCGAUCAAAGAGGGUAUUACAAUUACCCUGCUGGAGCCAUUUUUUCAUGAAGUCAACGUCACAUGGAAAGACAAAGUGUACCGAUAUAAUGUAAUUCGGGUAGAUCUUCCCCAACAACUGCUGUUGAAUGGUCAACCACCUCUAGUACAGGAUGCUGUGUGCUCCACACUCCAAGCAGAGAAUAUUCCUCCUUGAUAUGCCGCGUCCCCGUUCUGUCCUACACUGUGACCCCUUUGCUCAUGUACAUUCUUCCCAAGUUUUGGCAAGUUCAACGUUCCUGCUUCUAGUCACAGUUGUGCCUUACGGACAAGUCAGUGGUGCUUAAGCUUUGGAAGAGCUAUCGACACAGAAAUUGAACCUGAAAAGCAGUUAUUAAUCAGGACGUAGUUCGGCAGUUUGAGUGUUUGAAAGAGUCCAUCCAGUGAGUAAGAAAGUGGGUCAUGUAACAAUACCAAAGAGCAGCCUUUCACUCCUCACUGUAGCACAUGAAUCUAAUAGACACUUUUUCAUAAAAAACCAAGUGCUUGGUGACAAUCAGUAACCACAUGUAUCACUACAAAAACCGUUCACAUAUUUUAGAUUCAUGGGA